ACUGAUGUUGGUGUUCUAACAGUCUCUCAGGAACUCCUUACAAAUCUCUAAAGCUUUCAGAAUUUCUUUGUACCUCACCAUCAUUUUAAAUACGAGUAUCAGUCAUAUGCAUGAAUCUAUAAAUGUAUAUUCAACUUGUUUAAACAUGAUAGAAUCAUAAAAGAAAAGCUCAAGGCAUCACAAGUACACUUCUUUGAUAGGUUUACUAAUUUUCUAGUGUUUGAUUAUACCUCUUCUACUGUACUCUUGUAUUAUGCUGCACAAACCCAAGGUUUUUCUCCUUUAUAUUGAAGAGAGAAUAUCAAGUCUAUUUGUGGUCAUAUGUUUAUUUACUUUUAGCUUGAUGCAAGAUAAAACAGUUUCAGUUAUCUUAGUUCGAUUUCCUUAUUUACUCAGUUUCACUUCUAUUUUCUUCAGCUAAUUUACUUCUCUAUGGUGUGCUAUCAUAGUUUGCUUUCCGAAUGUAUUCAGUUUUGCUUCUGCUUUCUUCAAAGGUAACAGGGGAAAAGUUUCCUACAAUGGUUACCGGUUGGAUGAGUUUGUUCCCCAGAAAACACAAGCUUAUAUAAGCUAAGAGGAUCUGCAUAUUGCUAAAAUGACUGAGGGAAACACUUGAAUUUGCUGCCCAAUUGGUUUUGGAAACUGAGGAAAUAUGAUGAUGGAAGUCAGUAAAAGAGAGGAGUCAGGAAUUGUUCCGAAUGUAGACGUAGAUACUUUCAUGAAGGUAUCUUCAUUAUGUUUGAUGUCUUGUUUAUAUCUGAUGUUUUGUUCUAUAUGUUGUUGCUACAUGUGUGAAAUAUUCAUGGCAAUGGUAGUUAUUACAGCCAAUUUCAAGCAAAGGACCAAAAACAACCCUUCAAACAGAUCAUGUUUUAACUGUCUUCAGACAUCCCAGGUCCUUGAACCCGAUAUUUUUGGUGACACAAUGGUGGGAGAUGAGAUGAGAAGAGGUAUCUCUGGAGGUCAAAAGAGGAGACUGAGUACUGUGGAGUCUGCUCUAGUAACCGGCUGCACGGCUGCAGUUACCAAUCAAUUUGAACUGAGCCAUAACAACCAUAUGCGCCCUCUCCCUUCUGUAACCGUUUCAAAAUCAUUGAGAUGAGAUUGGCAACUUGUUACUGAAUUU